AUGCGAAUGACGGCCGUGCGGAGGUCGCUAAACUUCGUGUUCACUGUCGCUUUACCACGGCCGAUCGUCAUAACGACCAGCCAGAUUGCUUCUCUGGGGCCUGUCCCGGUGACGAGGAUAUUGCCACCACAGUCAAUAGAAAUCUUCAACGUCGUUGAAGGAAGGUCAGUACGACCGGAGGCCUUGUCAGCCGAUGACGACAGCGGGGACCAGCUAGAAGGAGCGUCGGUGAAAAAACGCACCAAGCGAAGGUUUGCAGCUUUUAGAAGGAGGCUUCUUAAAAUUGGCCGAAGGUUGUGCUGUUGGUAUGCUGCACUUACAGUGGAUUAA